AAUCUUAUCAGUCGAACUAUUCAGUUACGGGUUAUUUGAAAGCUAAUUUUAUUGGGUUAGAAAUUUUUUAGCCCUAAUCCUUUGGGAUUAUAGAUUACAAGUUUCGAGUUAAAUUGAUAUCCAUGCUUAUACAGUACAAGUGUACAACUCUAUUACCUUCCUCCUCACCAUUUCUCAUAACUUCCGCCAUUAGUAUCACCUCUCUCUUCUUUCUUUCUAUCUCUCUCACUCACUAAAUGAGCCUCAGCAUAGUAUAGAGCUGCUGCAGUUCCCUAUUAUGCUCCCAUAGCCUAAAAAGAUAGAACUCUUUCACAAAUUAUAUGUUCACAUUGUUAUCACUCGUCAUCUGUUCAUGAAUUGAAAUCUCGCACAUUGUUUCUGCACAUUUUCCUAGAAAAUUUCGCCCCGUGUAUGUUGCUGGAGUUCCGUCUCAUAUCUCAGCUAUCUCCUUGAAACGAACAAUUUAACCAAUUUUUGUUCUGAAAUAUUUAGUUAUUUACGAAGUUGUACUUGACUAUGGCGAUUGCGCCGGCGAUAGUGAUUGUGCCCUUGGGAGUUUUCUUCUUCAUCUCCGGCUUCAUCGUCAAUUUUAUUCAGGCUGUAUGUUUUGUGCUAAUAAGACCGUUAUCGAAGAACACUUAUAGGAGGAUAAAUAAGGAGGUGGCUGAGCUACUGUGGCUCGAGCUCGUGUGGCUGGUUGACUGGUGGGCUGGUGUUAAGAUUGAACUGUACACUGACUCUGAGACCUUUAAUUUAAUGGGUAAAGAACAUGCACUCCUCAUAUGUAAUCAUAAAAGUGACAUUGAUUGGCUUGUUGGAUGGGUUUUGGCUCAGCGAGCUGGUUGCCUCGGUAGCUCAUUAGCUGUUAUGAAGAAAUCAUUAAAGUUUCUUCCUGUGAUAGGAUGGUCCAUGUGGUUUUCUGAGUAUCUCUUUCUUGAAAGAAGUUGGGCAACAGAUGAAAGCACGUUAAAGUCUGGAUUACAACGGCUGAGGGAUUUCCCUCGACCAUUUUGGCUGGCUCUUUUUGUUGAGGGUACUCGUUUCACACAGGCAAAACUUUUAGCAGCUCAAGAAUACGCAUCCUCAAAUGGGCUACCUGUUCCAAGAAAUGUUUUGAUUCCUCGCACCAAGGGUUUUGUUGCUUCGGUAAGUCAUAUGCGUUCAUUUGUUCCGGCAGUUUAUGAUGCAACUGUUGCUAUUCCCCAAAAUUCUCCUGCGCCAACUAUACUACGACUAUUUAGUGGGCAAUCCUCUGUGGUGCAUGUCCACCUUAAGAGACACUUAAUGAGCGAUCUGCCAACAACGGACGAAGAUGUUGCUCAAUGGUGCAAGGAUGCCUUUGUGGCCAAGGAUGCGCUAAUAGACAUGCAUAUCGCUAAGAAUUCCUUUGGUGAGCAACGACAAGACAUUGGGCGCCCGGUGAAGUCCCUUCUGGUUGUCACUUCCGGGGCAAUUCUGCUCAUCUUGGGGGCUUUGAAAAUUAUCCAGCGUUUCUCUCUCUUCUCCUCAUGGAAAGGUGUCACGUUUUUGGUCAUUUCUACGGGAGCCGUCAGUGUUCUCAUGCAAGUCUUGAUUCACUUCUCACGGGCGGAGCAGCCUAGACAAGAAAGACAACACUAAGUGUGGUGUAUUAUUUGUUUUAGUUUAGAUUUUCCCAUUGCAUGGGGCUGCCACUUGGCAUGCAUUAUACUACCUUAUUAAUGAAAAGGUCAAAAAUUAUUUGAAUA